UUGUGUAUGUCAGAUUUGACAGUUGUUUACAAUUAGUUUCUUUUGGGAAAUAACUGAAUUAUUGGUUAACCAUAAUAUUUUUAGAUAAGAAUAAAACAAGAAACCAUGCCUGUACCAAAUGCUUCAGAUUCUGAAAAAGAAGAUCAAGGUAAUCCCAGCGCUCCCGAAGGUGGAGUGGAAUCAACUGAUCCAAACGUUAAUGAACUCAUGGUAAUUGACCCAGAAACACUUGAGCUGGACUUGAAUCAUGGCAGAAUUGGAAAGAUGGAAAAUCUGGAACCACUCACUCAAAUUGAGAGAUUGUUUUUGAGAUGGAAUUUGAUCAAGAAAAUCGAAAACGUGAGCACUUUGGUCACAUUGAAGGAGUUGGAAUUGUAUGAUAAUCAGAUAACUAAGAUUGAGAAUUUGGGAGCUUUGGUGAAUCUUGAAAUUCUGGACUUGUCAUUUAACAGGAUUAAGGAAAUAGAAGGACUGGACAACCUAGUUAACUUACAAAAACUAUUUUUGUCAUCAAAUAAGAUUGUAAAAAUCCAAAAUCUGGACAAUUUGAAAAACUUAAAUUUGCUUGAACUUGGGGACAACAAAAUAAGAGAAAUCGAAAAUUUGGACAGUUUAACCACACUUCAAUACCUAUACUUGGGUAAGAACAAAAUUAACAAGAUAAAAAACCUGAAUGGACUAAAAAAUUUAACCUGUGUGAGUCUGCAAAGUAACAGACUAGUGAAAAUUGAAAACUUGAACGAGCUGACUGAACUGAAUGAACUUUACUUGUCUGAGAAUGGAAUUACAGUAAUGGAGAACUUGGAAGGGAAUAUUAAGUUAGAAACAUUAGAUUUGGCUCAGAAUCAACUCAAGAAGAUCGAGAAUUUGGCACAUUUGCAGGAUCUCAAAGAACUUUGGUUAAAUGAUAACAAAAUUGAUAAUUGGAACAGUGUGCAAACAUUGGAGGCAAAUAAGAGUUUGAAUACUGUAUAUUUGGAAAGAAAUCCUGUGGCAGAGGAUGUCAUGUAUCGUCGGAAAUUGAAAAUGAUAGCGCCUAGUUUGACUCAGAUAGAUGCAACAUUGUGUAAUUAAACUCUCCUGAUCAACGUACCAAAUGUGCAUUGCAUUUCGUUUUUCAAUAAUAUUAAGACACCAGAUCAGAUUCAACAGUAAUUUUAAGUUUAAUUGCUUUGGUUGUUAUUAGGGCAGUUAAUAAUUUAUUGUCAGUUUUUAGGCUUAUCAUAGUUGAAUGAUAGUGUUAUAAAGACUGUGUUAAAUAAACCUUUUUUGAUAUAAA